UAAGGAAGCGCGUAAUUGAGUGCACCAUUAUCGAAAACUAGAGUUACGCUGUUAGUAGUUGGAGAUUAAUUAUUAUUAAAGCUCAUGGACCCCUAGAGUAUUCUUGGAUGCUGAUGCUGAUAAUAUUGUCUAUCUAUUGCUCAAGAUAUAUAAAUAUUAAAUUCAAUAUAUAAUAAUUUUAAAAAAUGAUAAAAAUAUAAAUGCGAAUUUAUUAAAACAUAAGAAUUAAUAAAGUGACUAAAAAAAUAUAUUAUAAAAUAUAUAAAUAAAUAUAUAAAUUAAUUAGAUUAUUUUUUCAUGAAUCAUGAAAUAAUUAUUUUAUAAUUAGUAGAAUACAUAUUACAUAUAGAUUACAUAUACCGAUUAGAUUACAUGUAGUAUAGUAGUAUACAAAGUGAUGGCAAAAAAUACUGCAACAAAACAAAUUUUUACCUAUCUAUUGGGAGUAUGUGUACCUUCUUCUAAACAAAAUGCUGCUAAAAUACGAGUACGUCAUUUAGAAUUAGAUAACCAUCUUUUAAUGUAUUUUAACAAAUAUGAAUUUGUUUAUGCUCAUGAUCCCGAAAAACUUUGUAAAACAGGUGAUACAGUUUUAAUACAAAAUUUACCAAAAAAAUUAACACGAAUCAUCACUCAUAAAGUUAUUGAAGUUAUUUAUCCUCUAGGAGAUAUUACAGAUCCUAUUACUGGUAAAAAAGUUGUUGCUGGAAAAUAUAGGGAUGAUAUAGAAGAUGAUACUAAACUCUUUGGAGAAUUAAAAUCCAAGUAUAAAUAUGAUGAACUACCAAAAAGAGGAAGCAUGGAAAAUAAACGAGAUUUUACAAGUAAAAAGACAUAUAUGAAAUAUAGCGAUGAUCCAAAAGAUUUUGAUCCAUAUGCUAUAAAUCCAUAAUAUCUGACAAAUGUAUAUUUAAAUAUUAAUAAAUAAUAAUAUACUGAAAA